GACUAUAUCGUUGGAUAUGCGGUGACCUUGGCUUUACUGCCCCAAAUCACGCAACCUUCCACCCCGCGCGACAACCUUGCAUCUGACCAAAAAGCCGAAGGAAACACAGGAAGAAAGAGCCACCACCUCGAGCAUCUCCACUCCUCGCCUCGAGCCCAAUACAAUACUCCAUCGCCUCCUCUGACUCCGCCUUUUCCCCUUGCCUUUUAAAAUUCCCUCGCCCUCUCCUCCGCACACACGCGCCCCGCCGAGGAGACGGAAGAGAGGGAGAGGAGAAGAGCCCAAGAGGUAGACCGGAGUCGAGCGCGAGGUCGACCAAUGGGGAACAGCAUCGGGGCCAAGCGCAAGGGCGCCAAGGUGAUGCAGCUAGACGGCACCUCGUUCCGCGUCAAGCCCCCCGCCGCCGCUGCCGACGUGCUGCGUGACCACCCGGGCUUCCAGCUGCUCGAGUCCGAGGAGGUCAAGCUCCUGGGCGCCCGCGCGCGCCCGCUCGUGCCCGACGCGCCGCUCCGCCGGGGCCGGCUCUACUUCCUCGUCGCGCUCCCGCGCCGCCCCGCCGAGGGGCCCAUGCGCCGCGCCUGGUCGGGCAACCUCCGCGUGGGGGCCCGCGAACGGCUCGAGUCGCUCAUGCUCGCGCGCAGGUCCACCUCCGACCUCUCCUCUCUCCCCGCCCACGCCUCCGCCUCCGCGCCCACAUCCCCGCUCCCCGGCGGGGCAGCCGCGGCAGGAGGCGCGACUCCCGUGCGGCUCAAGAUGCGGCUCCCGAGGGCGCAGGUGGAGAAGCUCAUGGGGGAGAGCAAGGACGCCUCGGAGGCGGCCGCCAAGAUCAUGGACCUCUGCGCGGCGAUGGGCGAUGCUAGCGCUGGGGUGACCCCGGAGAGGCCGCCACACGGGAUACUGCGGAGCCCGCGGUUCGCAAAGACGCCGGAGUGGGGCGCCGGGUUCAUGCUUCCGCCGCCGCUGGCGGCGAAGACGCCGCAGCGGUGGCCCACGCUGCCACGCACCAAGGAGAAAAAGGCAAGGUUCGUGGAGUUGCCUGAUGAGCUAAUAGCAUGACUCUUGUCCUUCGUGAAGCGAGUUAACACCUUUUUACUGUCACAAGCAUGUUUGGUGAUUGUCAGGCCAGGAGAUAAGGAAUUAUAAACUUAUCUUCAGGCGGUAAUAUCCUUCUUUCAUUGCUCAUUUUGAACGAAACAACUAUGGUUCGAAGAUGAGAAGCCGCCGAUGGCUUCCAAUUCACCUUGA